AUGUCGGAGGUACACGACCCCCAGAAAUGCCGACACUGCCAGGGCAGUGGGCAGGUUCUCCAGCCGCUGCCCCAAAUGAACAACAUGAUGCUGAAGAUGAUGUGCUGUCAGUGCGGCGGCGCUGGCUUUACUGUUGUUUGCACCAGCUGCCUGGGCAAAGGCACCACCGGCAAGAUGCUGAACUUCGAGUUUAUGAACUUCAGCUUCCCCGUUCCCGAGAAGUGCAGCGCGUGCAACGGAUGGGGCAAGCUGGCGGCAGCCCGCCACACCCCCGUCAAGCGCAAGCGCGUGGACGACAUGACGGCGCUGGAGAUGAAGGAGGAGCUCCGAAGAAUGCGACGCAAGGUCACCGGCACGAAGGCCGAGCUCCGAGAGCGGUUGCAGCACGUUUUCGAGACGAACGACCGGGGCUGGGCGACGCGCUGCGUUCCCAAAGUCUCCGCGGGACAGUACCUUGAGAGCGGGACCUUCCGGGAUGUCUUCGUGAUGACGUUCACGAAGGGACCGCGCAAGAAUCUCAAGGGUGUCUACAAGGUCUUCAAGGAUCCUACAGCCGAGAACCUUAUCCGCGAGGACCUGCAGGCCGUAGCAGAAGCUGGGCGAAUCAUCGAAGCAUUCAACGAGUACAACAACGAGCACUGCCGCCAGCGAGGCCAGCCGGCUCGUCGCCGGGUCUACCUGAACCAGCCAGAGGUCUGGGAAUGCGGAGAGCGCAAGGUCCUGGUGGAGCCCCUGAUCGACGGCACCUAUGCCAAGUUUAACUCCAACAGUGGCUGGGUGAACGAGGGAUACAACAUGAUGCAGGCUCUGUCGCACUUCUCAUUCCAUUUCUCCAACGGCCAGCACCUGCUUUGUGACCUUCAGGGCGGAGGCUACGACACGCACUAUGUGCUCACAGAUCCGGCGGUGCUGUCCGUGAACAAGGACUUUGGGGUCACCGAUGGCGGCUUUCCCAUGAUGCGGAACUUCUUCGCCCACCAUGUCUGCAACGAGUACUGCGACGCAGCGUGGCUGCGACUCAAGCGGCCCCGGGUGUGUGUUCAGUAG